AUGUCAGAACCAGUGAUAAAGUCUCUUUUGGACACGGACAUGUACAAGAUUACGAUGCAUGCUGCUGUCUUCACUAAUUUUCCAGAUGUUACAGUUACCUAUAAGUAUACUAACAGGUCGUCUCAAUUGUCCUUCAAUAAGGAAGCCAUCGAUUGGCUAAAAGAACAAUUUUCGUAUUUGGGAAAUUUGAGGUUUACAGAAGAGGAAAUUGAAUACCUACAAAAGGAAAUCCCAUAUUUACCAUCUUCCUAUAUCAAGUAUAUUAGUAGUUCUAACUACAAACUAAACCCUGAGGAGCAAAUUGCCUUCACUUCAGAAGAAAUUGAGGGCAAACCCUCCCACUACAAAUUGAAAAUUUUGGUUAGUGGUAGCUGGAAGGAUACUAUCCUUUACGAGAUUCCCUUAUUGUCCUUAAUAUCAGAGGCUUAUUUCAGAUUUGUAGACACUGACUGGGACUACGAAAACCAAUUAGAGCAAGCCAUGAAGAAGGCGGAAGCUUUAUUUGAUAAUGGUAUUAAAUUCAGUGAAUUUGGUACAAGACGUCGCAGAUCCUUGAAGACUCAAGAUUUGAUUAUGCAAGGCAUUAUGAAAGCUGUUAACGCUAAUCCAAGCAGAAACAAACCACUAUUGUUAGGUACAUCAAAUAUUUUAUUUGCCAAGAAGUAUGGAGUUAAGCCUAUCGGUACUGUGGCCCACGAGUGGGUUAUGGGAGUUGCCUCUAUUAGUGAAGAUUAUUUGCAUGCCAACAAAAAUUCCAUGGAUUAUUGGAUUAAUACUUUUGGCGCAAAAAAUGCUGGUUUAGCAUUAACAGAUACUUUUGGCACGGAUGACUUCUUAAAAGCAUUCCGCCCACCAUAUUCUGAUGCUUAUGUUGGUGUUAGACAAGAUUCUGGAGAUCCAGUUGAAUACACCAAAAAGAUUGCGCACCAUUAUCAUGACGUAUUGAAAUUGCCUAAAUUCUCGAAGAUUGUGUGUUAUUCUGAUUCAUUAAACGUCGAAAAGGCAAUAACUUACUCCCAUGCAGCUAAAGAGAAUGGAAUGUUAGCCACCUUCGGUAUUGGUACAAACUUUACUAAUGAUUUCCAUAAGAAGUCUCAACCUCAGGUUAAAAGUGAGCCAUUAAACAUUGUUAUCAAACUGUUAGAAGCAAAUGGUAACCAUGCUAUUAAAAUUUCUGAUAAUUUGGGUAAAAAUAUGGGGGAUCCUGCCACCGUGAAAAGGGUGAAAGAAGAAUUAGGAUAUACUGAACGAAGUUGGAGUGGUGAUAAUGAAGCGCACAGAUGGACUUAA